GAGGGCGGGGCCUCUCUGAGGGGGCGUGUCCUUCCUGCGGCCUGCCAGAGCUUCGGCGCCAUGAGCGGCGUUUGGCGGCUGUUGCGUUCCGCAUGGCUCCGCGCUUCGGGUCCGGCGAAAGAGUAUGUAGGCAGCGACCCCUUCGGGAACCAAUACUACCGCAUCCCAAAGCACGAAACCUGGGCAGGACAAAUUAUUAAAGAGAGAAGAUUUGUGGAAGCUGCAGGUGUUAAGGAAUACGAGUAUCAAACAGGAGACAUUCCAGUAGAAUGGGAAGCCUGGAUUAGGAAGAAAAGGAACGAUCCACCUACAAUUGAAGAAAUUCUUAAGGCACAGAAGUAUCAAGAAGAGAUGAAAAGGAGGAUUGAAGAUGUUUAUGAAAAGGAGAGGCUUCUGCAGGCCAAAGAAUACAAAGAGGGACUUGUAGCAGAACCACUUCAAACUCAGAUUAAAGGCCAUGCAUCCUCCCCUCACUUUGGAAAGAAUGAACCUUCUGAAGAGCCAGUCAGUACAGCAAAUAUAUUUCAGCCUGGAUCUUGGAUGCCUCCCAAGGACAGUGGCCGUAAGAAAUAAGUUAGAAAUAUCUGGAGAUAGGGAAAUAAUAAGAAAUAACUGUCUAAUACAUGCUUAUCCUUUUGCAUUACUUGAAGAAUUGUUUAAGUAAAUGGAGGAAAAACUCUUAUAAUUAAGAUGUAAAGAUUGAAUAACUGCUCAUGUUGUAUAAUUCAUAAUUUAUGUACGUUCAACUUAGUUUUGGUAUGAAAUGGUGAUCAGGGCUGUAGAAUCUGUCUGGCUUCUACAUGUUUUGAACUACAGCUGCCAUAAUACUAUACCAUUGGCCAUAUUAUCUGCAGAUGAUGAAAGAUGCAGCCCCAAACAUCUAAUGCCCAAAAGGACUCCAGGUGAUGUAAUUAUAUAUUAUACAGUACAACAGUGAAUAUAAAAAGAAGCCCUGAAUAUAAUUAUAAUUGUUCGGCCAUGAGUAAAUUAGUUCUUUCAUACAUAAAAUGACUGUACUAAAUGAAUUUACAACUGGCUUGUAAUUCACAGGGAAUAGAAUCUGUAGUACUUGAUUUAUAAAUAAUGCUAUGGUAAGUAUAGCACCAUCACAUCUGUGCGUACUUAUAGCUUGUUAGUUAAAAGGCUGACUAAGAAUCCCUGCCUUUCAUUAAACAAUCAGUUUUAUUAGAAGUAUCACUGUGUGCGUAAAAUGUAUUGUCUUUGAAGGCAAUGACAUCCUUCAAAUUUAACAUGCAAAAGUAGUUUUUCAAGUACAUUUGUUCUCAAACCAUUGUUUACGCAAUUUCCUGUUUUCCUGAGAUACUCUGGUUAGUUCUCACCCUUGAGAGGUCAAGAGGAAAAGAGUCUCUACUAGCAGGAAAGCUAGAUUCCCAUUGUGUCUCAACCAAGUCAUAGAAAGGCAAUAAAAUAAAAGGGCAAAGUUCUAUUUAGGUUCCUCUCAUUGCACUUUACAAGGAGCUGAUACUGUGUGGUGCUUUCAAGGGACCUCAAGAUAGACUGCAAAUUUAUCAUUGAAAGUUCAUUCUCACCAGCAAGUGAAUUAUCCCAUGCCUUUCCAAGGGCCCUUCCACACAGCCAUAUAACCCAAAAUAUCAAGGCAGAAAAUCUCACAAUAUCUGCUUUGUACUGGGUUAUCUGAGUCCACACUGUUAUAUAUAUUUUAGUUCAAAGCAGAUGUGAGAUUUUUUUUAGCUGUGUGGAAGGGGCCCAAGUCCAGAGGGGAGAGUGAUGUGGUCUCUAAAAGUAUCAAUCAGGCUGCUGUAUCUGAUGCUAUUGUACUUAAUGCUAUUUGGGAGGCUUUACUUUGUCCCACAUGAAGCAAGCAUCUUUAUUAUGUGUGUAUGAAUGUGCCUUCAAGUUCCCUGUUGACUUAUGUCAACCUCACAAAUUUCAUAGUGUUUUCUUAGGCAAGGAAUACUCAGGGGUGGUUUUGCCAGUUACUUCCUCUGAAAUUUAGCCUGUCUCAUCUGGUAGUGAUUGGUGGUCUCUCAUCCAUGUACUCACCAGGGCUGAUCCUGCUUAGCUUUCAAGAUCAAAUGGGAUCUGAUUUCUUUAGGAUAUUUAGGUCAAAAGGCUAAAUACUCUUUUGUUGUUGUGUGUUUUCCAGGCUGUAUGGCCAUGUUCCAGAAGCAUUCUUUCCUGACGUUUCGCCCACAUCUAUGGCAGGCAUCCUCAGAGGUUGUGAGGCUAGUAAUGCUUUGAAAGUUAAUAAAAAAAACUUGCAUGGUCUAAAGGUA